AUUCGAUGUCCGUCUUUUUCCUACGCGUCUACAGCGCGUUACUGGCUACCGCCGUAGCUGGGACGUUCUACCUCUUCUUCUACCCAACAUUUCACCAAUGCAGUUUCCCUAGCAGCAACAUCGAUACCGGCCAACAGGCGCCUUUCAGAUUAUUGGCCUUCGGAGAUCCACAACUGGAAGGAGACACCAGUCUGCCCGGAAAUGGACAUACAGAACUAUUUCCUAGCAUACGACGCAUACUGGACAGCAUACAGCAGCGUGGCUUCGGAGGAAGCAUCAACAGCAUCAGCAGAGAAGGCAGACGACUAUUGCACGAAGACUUGCCCACGGCUGUGAGGACCUAUCAUAAGAAGCUGGACCUUUGGGGGAACGAUCAGUACUUGGCGCACAUCUACAGAACGGUGAGCCGGCAAACCGAUCCUACGCACGUAGUGGUGCUUGGAGAUUUGUUGGGCAGUCAAUGGAUCGACGAUGAUGAGUUUCGACGACGAUCGCACCGAUUCUGGCAGACGGUGUUCAAAGAGGGAGAACGAGUGCCCAGCGAUAUCACAGAUUAUAAGAAUGUCCCAGCGGAAGAGCUGAGCGGGAACAAGAGUUGGAAGAACAGAAUCAUCACCGUUGCUGGCAACCACGACAUUGGAUAUGCUGGAGACAUUGAUGAGGAUCGCAUACGGAGAUUCGAGGAUACAUAUGGCAGGGUGAACUAUGAGAUCAACUUCAAAUUGAAUGACACAUCGACGGUUGACGAUACCACGGCAAAGCAUUUGGCACCAGAGCUGCGGCUGAUCAUUUUGAACUCCAUGAACCUCGACGAGCCAGCAUUACACCAGGGACUCCAACAAGACAGCAUCGACUUCCUGAACCAGAGGUUGUAUUGGGAGAUACCACAAUCAGACACAGCCGGUACCAUCCUCCUCACCCACAUUCCACUAUACAAGGAAGCCGGCAUAUGCAAAGAUGGUCCGUUCUUUGAGCACUUCCCCGUGCGGCCCAACGAAUACUACUCCGGCGGCAUCCGGGAGCAGAACCACUUGACGUAUGACUUGAGUGCACGUAUCUUGGAAGGCAUUGUUGGACCAGAACGCACACGACGCUCGAUCAUCUUGAAUGGGCACGAUCAUCAUGGUUGCGAUACGUACCAUUCCCGCACGUUGAUAGAAAAGCCUCUGCCAGUACCAGAACCAAUACUCCCGCGCGAGGAUGAGGAUGAUGAAGCUUAUGAAGCUCGAAUUGCGAAAAUGGCUCCCGUGCCUCUCCCAGAGCCGGAGAAGUGGCGUGCGCAGCAGUAUCGAAACGCCGCGAAGACGAUUGAAGACAAGGAACUGGCGGGAGUGCGCGAGAUCACAGUACGUAGCAUGAUGGGCGAGUUUGGUGGCCAUGCCGGACUGUUGAGCGCGUGGUGGAAUGCCGAACAGCAGGAAUGGCAGUACGAAUAUGCGACGUGUGCAGCAGGCGUCCAGCACAUCUGGUGGGCAAUUCAAGUUGUAAAUGUGAUCACCUUUGGAGCAGGAGUCGCUGGUGUACUGCUAUUUGGCGCUGGGAAGCUCAGUAGUUCAUCCCAGACGACGGCAACAGAACGAAAGAAGAGGCAGUGAGAGAUAUGUAUACCUAUGCAUGUAGAUGUAGUUACUCGAUCAGUGAGCACAUGUCCAUACCUCCUAAUAUAACCGCGGACCCCGUACUGUAUAUACA